AUGCGACGCGUUGUAGUAACAGGCCUUGGAGCUAUAACACCUUUAGGUGUAGGAAUCCGACCGACAUGGAGUCGCCUUAUUGCUGGAAACUGUGGCAUUGCUUCGCUUCCCUCGAAUAGUUUUGAACCUUCACAACUCGAAAGUCUUCCUAGCACAGUAGCUGGUCUUGUACCAUCUGGUAAUGAAGCAAAAGAUUCAUGGCGGCCUUCGGAUUGGCUAGAGAAAAGCGAAGAAUCACGAAUGGCUAAAUUUACACAAUACGCGAUAGCGGCUACUGAAAUGGCACUCCGGGAUGCUGAAUGGAAACCACAGAAACAGGAGGAUAAAGAGUCUACAGGUGUUUGUCUUGGUAGUGGUAUUGGGGGUUUGGACGAGCUUUAUACAACAAGCAAGAAUUACUCUACAAUGGGCUACAAAUCAGUAUCGCCUUUCUUUAUACCAAAACUCCUCAUAAAUCUAGCGGCAGGUCAUAUAUCAAUGAAAUAUGGAUUUGAGGGACCGAAUCAUGCAGUUACAACCGCUUGCACAACUGGUGCACAUGCAAUUGGCGAUGCAUCUCGAUUUAUCGCUUUUGGUGAUGCAGAUGUGAUGGCAGCUGGUGGUUCCGAGUCUUGCAUACAUCCUCUGGCUUUUGCCGGCUUUGCGAAAGCUCGUUCACUUGCUCGGAAAUACAACGACGAUCCUGAAUCAUCAUCCCGUCCAUUUGAUCGAGAUAGGUGUGGCUUUGUGAUUGCAGAAGGUGCUGGGGUCGUUGUUUUGGAGGAAUUAGAACAUGCUAAAGCUCGCGGAGCUGAAAUAUAUGCCGAGGUUCGUGGAUAUGGUUGUAGUGGUGAUGCGCAUCAUAUUACCGCUCCGAGAGAAGAUGGAGCUGGCGCAUUUCUAGCUAUGAAAAGGGCUCUCAAGAAUGCUGGGAUUUCACCACGGGAAGUCGAUUAUAUUAAUGCUCAUGCUACAAGUACUCCUCUAGGUGAUGCUGCUGAAAAUGCAGCCAUCACUAGGUUGAUGCUUGGGGAUGAAGGGGUCGAGUCCCCGAGACAAGUUGCAGUCAGUAGCACCAAGGGCGCCAUUGGACACCUAUUAGGUGCUUCUGGUGCCGUGGAAGCUAUUUUCUCAAUUUUAGCUGUCAAAGAGAAUAUACUUCCACCUACACUCAAUCUACACAAUCCAGACGAAAAUAUGAAUUUUAAUUAUAUCCCUUUUUUUGCACAAGAAAAAGAAGUCAGGGUUUCAUUAUCUAACAGCUUCGGCUUUGGUGGCACAAAUGCCUCACUGGCCUUCUCGAAAUACGAUUAA